AUGGAGACAAUCAUAACUUCAGCCUUCCUAAAAGAUAAUGCAACCGCACAUUUAGGCAACGCUAUCGUAUGCGUUAUUGCUCGCCUUCUGGUAUCGCCUUUGCUAACGCCAGUCGAGUACCUCCAGCUUCUUCCUCCAUUUGCUCUCGCCAUAUUUGCCUUUGCAUAUGUAUUUGAGAUUGCCAAUCAAGUCAUCUCCGAGGAGGAAGACGUCAUCAACAAGCCCAGCCGUCCUAUCCCCGCGGGCCUGCUCACCAAAGCUGAGGCAUCGCAGCGCUGGAUCCUCAGCUGGAGCUUGCUCCCAACGGCCUUGUGUGUGGUUUCCGGACUGCAAGCUGGAGGGUAUCUGAUCAUCUGGCAAGUUUGGAUCGCACUUCAUUACGCUUGGCCCCGUUUCAACCACUGGGUCAUGUGCAACACUUUCACGGCCGUGGGAGUGACAAUACAGCUGAAUUUGCUCGACACUGUAAUCACCCAUGCCGCCCCUGCCGUUCAAGAAGUCGCGUUCCUGAAUCUCGCGCUCUUCCUGUGGUUUGCCCUUACAGUUCACGUUCAGGAAUUCCCGGAUAUAGACGGGGAUCGCGAAAAUGGACGCAGAACAUUACCGCUGAUUCUCUCGCCCAAGGCCGUGAAUUGCCUCCGAGCCGGCACUGGAUUAUUUCUCAUCGUCGAAGCUUUGAUCGGUCUGGCUGUUGGAAUUAUGAUGCUUUGUCCCGAUCAUCGCCUGAUAAAAAUCGGGUUGGGCAUUUUGCACUUAGUUUUUGCCACGAUAGUAGCAACGCGGUUGGUGGUGAGUUCGUCGAGGGAGAUGGAUAAGAUGACCUACCAGUGCUACUACUUCCUAGCGACGUACUCCAUGGUAUUGUUUUAUGCACAGGUUGCUCCACUGAAUCGAUCUUGGUCGUGA